CAAAAUGGUGACUUUCUUGAGAGUUUUGAUAAGCCUACUAUGUUCUAUAGUCCUCUUAGCUCUAUUCAAAUUCUUUCACAAAUUUUGGUGGGUUCCAAUGCGCAUAAAUCGUGUAAUGAGUUCACAAGGAAUACGCGGACCUCCUUACAGUUUUUUCUAUGGCAACAUGAAGGAAAUUUCCAUCAUGAUAAAGCAAUCCAUGAGCUUUCCCGUGGACAUAUCACACGACAUAUUUCCACGAAUUCAACCUCACUUUGAUUCAUGGUUGCACAUAUACGGGAAGAAUUUUCUAUAUUGGCAAGGUCCUCAACCUGAAUUAGUUGUCACAGAACCGGAGCUCCUAAAACAAAUAAUGAGUGUCCGAGAGCUUACGACGAGGAUACAAGGCACGGGACCUGCAUUUAAAAAGAUAUUUGGAGGUGGUCUGAUUUUUUCUCAAGGUGAAAAAUGGGCAACACAGCGAAAAUUAGCUACUCACGCUUUCAAUGGUGAAAGGUUGAAAAACAUGGUUCCAACAAUGGUUGAAAGCGUUGACAUGAUGCUAAAACGGUGGAAAGAUGCUGGAACCAAAGAGAAAGAUGUCCAUGAAGAGUUCUUAACAAUGACAUCGGAAGUCAUCUCAAAGAUCGUGUUUGGAAGUAAUUAUGAGGAGGGGAAGCAAAUAUUCCAGAAGCAGGGGGCGUUAAUUGGGUUGGCUGCCAAACAGUUGUCCAAAGUUAGGCUUCCUGGUUUUGGGAUGAUGUUUAAAGAUAAAGAGGAUUUAGAAACCGACAAACUGUUAGCCAGCAUUCAAGAUAUCAUUACAAAGAUGAUAAAAAACAGAGAAAAUAUGAUGGUUUCAGGAGAUGAACACAACUCCACGACUGAUUACCUCGGAAUACUUUUGAAUUCGCGUCAUGAUGUCAAUGACGGUUAUAGGCUUUCCAUACAGGAUAUUAUUGAUGAAUGCAGAACUUUUUACAUUGCUGGCCACGGAACGAUCUCUAUUUUGCUCACGUGGGCUACUCUUCUUCUGGGAAUCCACACCGAAUGGCAAGAGAAAGCACGCGAGGAGGUUCAACAAGUAUUUGGUAAUCAAAACCCAUCUUCAGAAGGAAUACCAAGACUCAAGAAAAUGAGCAUGAUAAUCAAUGAGACACUACGCCUGUACCCUCCUGGAAUAUCCACAACCCGAAAAGUUCAGAAGGAAACGCACGUUGGAGAUCUGGUUCUUCCACCAAACUUAAAUUUGCAAAUACCGGCAUUACCAUUUCAUCAAGACCGUGGAACAUGGGGAGAAGAUGCUCAUCUCUUCAAACCAGAAAGAUUCUCUGAAGGGGUUGCCAAUGUCGUUAACAGCAAUCCAGGAGCAUUCCUCCCUUUUGGUUAUGGACCACGAAUCUGUGUAGGCAACAAUUUCGGGAUAAAUGAAUCAAAGAUAACCCUCUCGAUGAUCUUACAACAUUACAGAUUCACUCUGUCACCAAACUAUGUCCAUGCACCAUAUCAGCAUAUCACACUUCGCCCAAAGUCUGGUGUUCAGAUAAUAUUUCAAGCUCUAUAAAGCUCCGCUUCUUGUGACUAGUGUGCAUUUAAUAAAUUGUUUACGCUUCCACCUUUGAUCAGGUCACAUUUUCAUUUACCUUAAACAAUAUAUCUUGUCUAUUUGUGUGUUUCUUCUAAGUACAACAUCCAGAGAAGUAGUAUGGAGAUAGACUUCUCUCUAUUCUUGCCUCAUUUCUUUGUUUCUUAGAAAUGAACCGAAAUGUUCAUUUUAUGGCCAUGUAGAGAGAAAAUGGAUAUGUAACUUAAUCUUGCAAAAAAACUAUUUAUAUUGCACUGAAACAGUUUAUGACUU